AUGUCAAAAUCUUUGAAAAUUCAUGAAGUUGAUAGGUUUUCCGGGCAAGUAACUUGCCUGGCCCACGUAGCCAAUGCCAACAAGAUUGUAAAGCAGAAGCUUACCGGAAGGCAGUUAGAGAUGUUCAAGAAAACAGUUUUUGGUCCCUUUCUAGACAUUGAACUUGUAUUCAACAACCCACUAAUCCACCAUAUGUUAUUGAGAGAACUGAAGAAGCCAGGAAUUGACUCAAUUAGUUUCUUUGUCAGAGGAAAGAUCAUCACAUUUUCGAAUGACGACUUUUUAUUGAUCACUGGUUUAUGGCGGUCUCAUACGCGAGUUAGACGGAGUGAGGAGUCCUCACAAGAACUUUUUACGAGGUACUUUUGUAAUCGAUCGACCUCAGACGCAUUCCACUUGAAUUUGCUUGAAGAAGAAUACAAAAAAUUGGCAUUUGAAAAUGACGACGAUGCUGUGAAAAUUACCGUAGUAUAUUACAUAGAGGUUGCAAUGAUGGAUAAAAACAAGCAAAAGAAUGUUGUAGAUCGUAUUCUAUUUGAUGAUUUGAAGAUAUAG